ACGGACUUAAAAUUUUUAUGCAUUACAAUUCCACCGUUGAAAACAAUACAAGGAAAAAAACUGUAAGAUACCUGCUUCUAGUCUAAACCUGCAAAAUCAAACAACUGCAGGAUAAUCAGAUCAAGUAGAAAAUAGAAGCGGUUAUACUGUGUAGUUCGUUUUGAGGCUAUGCAGGGUUAAUUGAGGGCAUGGCAGGGUGCAUAAAUCUGCUCGGAUACCUGGAAAACAAGCCAGGGGUUUUGUCUGCAAAUACUACGAGUACAGACUGCGCUAAUAAUUGUGAAGGCGGUCCAGAGUUAGGUUCUGGGGUCGAGUCCGUUGGAAAACCCCCGGGAAAGAGAGUAAGAAUGAAGCAGUCCAGUUUCGGAGUGAUUAGCAAGGAUGGAAAUUUAGUUUGGGAUUUGUCGGCUUCAAAUAAGGCAAAUAUGAAUACGAGCCCUCAAAAAAUUGAGGGCAAUGAUGAAAAGGGAGGAAAGAGGAAGAGGCCAAUGCGUCAGUGUGUUCGAUCGACACAAGUAGACAAGAAAUUGUCUGAUGUGGAGGAGGGGGACGAAGCAGCCGUUGAUGCUUCUAACGUCAAAAAUAGGAUAAGGAGAAACUAUAGACGAAAAGAUGCGGAUUCUCCUCCCAAACAGAAUGAAGAGAAUGCUUCUGUGGAUGGGAACAGGGAAUUGACGGCUGCAAGGAGAGGCAGAGGCAGAGGCAAAACUAAAGCUGCGGAGUCUCCUUCUAAACAGAUAGAUGGAGUAGCAAUGCCUGGAAAACACCAAUGCACAGACUGUGUAGGUGCAUGUAAUUGUUUGGCUUAUAUUGAAGGGCUUGGAGAUGAAGUGCUUUUAGGUCCAACUUCUGAGUUCUCUCUGAAAAUUCUUGGCAAAGCUGGCAUGGAGUUCUCUUCCCUGACUCCCAAGAAACACGUUUUAAAGCAGCUAAAGUUGAAAAGUGAAUCACAAGAUUGUGGUGUAAGGAAUAAAAAUUCUUCCAAUGCUGAAGCUCCCAAAAACAUUCUAAAAAGGCAGAAGCAUGCAAAGGAGGCAAAAGUUGAUACUUCAUAUUCUCCUAAAACUGUAUCUUCUAAAAAAGGUCAUUCCAAAAGGAAAGGGCCGCUGUUGGAAAAUUCAAAAAUGGAUGCUCUUAUAGAUGGAGAUGGGGCUAAACUAUCAAGUGCUAGUUUUGAUUUGCGAUCUGAAGCCAAACAAGCAGCAGAGGAAAAUGCACGUCUUAAUGCUGGGAAAAACACCCAUCCAUUCUUUAUGCAGAAAAGAUCACUACAGACAAGAGCAGUAAAUAUUUCUGAGACUCAAUUUGAAGCUAAUCGGCAGAAUUUGAAAUUGUCAGAGACAUUGGUUGCACCUUUGCCACCUUUUCACAUAACACAAAAUGACCAGAUGGAGAUUGCAGCUUUGGAUUGGAAAGGUUGGGAGUUUGUAGAGAGCAAUAUUUGGCAGCAGGAAGGUUCCAAACUUUUUGAAGAGGCCUUCCAAGCAAUGCCAGAAGACGACAUUAAACUCUUAAAAUCUGGGGGUUUUAGUUGUUUCCUUAAUGGCAGCAAAGAUUCAUCAAACGCCUUUCCUUGUCAGGAUGUUUGGUCUCAGGUUGAACUGACAGAACAUUCAGGAGGUUUAGACAGGAAGAAAAAGCAACUUGAGAAGCUAUUUGCAUACUUGGAGAACGGGGCAAAAAUUGGGGAACCUACUUUAUCUGCUAAUCUAGUGAAAGAUUCCUGCAGCAAAUUAUCUUUAGAAGAUCUUGAGCAAAGGUUUAUCUCAUAUCACUUCCAUCGUAGCAGUGGUAUGAACAACAUGUGGACAGACAAAUAUCAACCAGAAACUUCUAGAGAGGUUUGUGGAAAUUCUGAACAAGUUAUGUUUCUAAAUGAUUGGCUACGCUGCUGGCAUGAACGUGUUUUUGGUUCGGAUAAGGAUCAGACCAACGAAUCUGACAGUAAUGUUCAAGAUGAGGAUUGGGGUAGUUUUCAGGAUGAGGAAGAGACUCUCAGCAAGGAUGGGGAAGAUGGACUGAAAAAUAUUUCCUUACUCACUGGACCUGUUGGGUGUGGAAAAUCUGCAGCCUUGUAUGCCUGUGCAAAAGAGCAAGGUUUUGAUGUGAUUGAGGUAAAUGCCUCGGACUGUCGUAGUGGAGCAUUGGUGAAGCAAAAGUUUGGGGAAGCAAUGGAAUCCCAUGGCUUGAAUCAACGGGCAGUUGAGGACAUUUUAGGGGUUGAUGAUCAUAAGAUUGUGCCUGAGAAUCCUUUUUCUGGAAAAGAAACAAGGUGGAAGGGAAAUGCACAACACAAGAUGAACAAGGAAAAGCAUGUAGCAAUAGUUUCUGGUGGUAAAAACUGUCAAAUUUCUGAGAAGGGAAAACAAAUUUAUAGUAUGGAUGAAAAACGUUGGACCCAGGGUAGAAGCAAGGCACUAAUUUUGUUUGAGGAUGUGGAUAUGGUCUUUGAUGAAGACCGAGGAUUUAUGGGAGCUUUACUGCAGAUUGCUGAAACGGCAAAACGACCUAUAGUAUUGACAAGCAACAGACGGGAUCCUUGUUUGCCGCGGCUUCUUGACCGAUUGACCAUACAACUUGAACUCCCUUCAUUGGAAGAAUUGGUUUGCCAUGUUUUCAUGAUUUGCAUUGCAGAAGGCAUUAUAAUAUCUCCUAGUCUUGUUGAGCAUGUCCUGAGAUGUUGUUGUAGAGAUUUGAGGAAAAGUUUGAUGCUGUUACAAUUUUGGUGCCAAGGGAAGAGCAAGUCUGGAAAAGCUUCAGAGGGGCAAGUAUCUCAUAUCUAUAGUUCAAUUCCACUUGAGCUAGAUGUGGAACAUCGCAUAAUGCCAAAGAUGAUGCCAUGGGGUUUUCCUUGCAAGUUAUCAGAGAGAAUAAACUUUGAUAUCUCAAAAGCAUUAGAUGAGGUGCAAAAACAAGCAUGCUUAAAUGAAAUAAAGUUUGCUGAAGAACGUGCUGCUAAAGACACACUUGCUGCUCAGUUUAAAAAAAUGCAAAAGAAAAUGAAUGAAGCUGAGAAAAAAGCUGCCAUGUUGAGAAGGCUUUCUUCUGAUGAUGAAAGCAUGCAGAUAUUGAGAGAUUUUGAGAAUGAGAUAGAUACGAUAUCAAAGGUGACUCAGUCAUCAGUUCGAUCUCUGAGGCACAGACGUACAGUAGUGACUUCUGACUCAGAAGAUAUUGACUGUCAUGAAACUACCACAGCUAUAUCUGAAACUCAGCUUCAAGACACAUGCAAAGAGGUUCCAGUUGAAUUGAUGAGUGAGCCUGAUGAUAUGACAUUAUCAGGCUCUGAUCCUGAAAGCUUUCCAAAUUGGAGAGGCAGAAGUCAAGAAACUAAACCUACUUCUACUGUAUUCAGAAGGUUAAAGAAAAUACAAGGUGUAAAUUAUGUCGAAUCAAGCUCAUUAAUAGAUAACUCCUGUCUUCCAGAAUCUUCAGUAGUUCCUGAGACUGUUGCGAAUUAUGAUAAUGAAUGUCAAGUCAAAUCAGUUGACUGUGGAAAUACACUUGAAUGUGUGGAGAAUUCUUUCUCAAAUAUCUGUAGUCCUCUUGGGGUCUUGACAGAGCUUCAGAAGCUGGAAUGCCCAAACAAAGUAGAGAAGAUGCUAUCAAAUACAGAAGAUAAUAUUUUAAAAAGUGCAGAAGUUUUGGAAAGAUCAGUACAUCAUUGUGAAAAAUUUACAGAUAUGGUGGGUAAUAAUGAUUUCACAACUUCACAUACAGGUGAUGCAUCUUCUGAUGUAGAUCAUCUGAAAUCUAAAGAAAAUGUGGAUGAUAAGAAGCUGGAUUUAGACAGUCAUAUAUGGUCUGGAAGUUUGAAAAAUUCGGCUAAACAUAUAGAAUCAAGUAAUUGUGAAAGGCUCCAUGAUAGGAAAGGUGUUACAGCCAUAUAUGAAAUGCUUCCACUGAUGGAUGAAUGUAGUAGAGUAGAUUUUAAUAUCAUUAAUGCUGACAAAAAUAAACAAGAAAAUUUGGAAACUGAAAAUCCAGCUCAACAAAUAUGGCUUAAGAUGCUUGACUCUAAUGAAGAUUUCAAGUCACUGUUAGAUCUGCAAUGCAAGGAUGCAUUGACAGCUAUCAAUUUGGCAACAAAAUUGACAGACCUUAUUUCAUCUAGUGAUCUGUUGAUAAGUUCGUGCACACCUGAUCAAAAAGAUUUCUUUCUGCAUGAAGAUCAUGUACCAACUUCAUGCUCUGAUGAGCGUAUGGAAAUUACUUCAACACUUGCACAACAAGGUCUCUGUAUAAUGGGGCACAAUCUGAGUAAUGAAAGCAAUUUAAAUCUACACAAAGAUAUAUUAACUUCCAGCACUGAUUCUAUUGCCAUGGGUAAGCUGAUCUUGGCACAAUCAAAUGAUGAAAUGGUGCGGACUGAUGAAUUUUCAGAGAUUGACAUGUGUCCAACAGAACAAUACAGUAAAAGACAAGAAACAGAGACCAGGCUUUCGAAUGCUUUAGAUUCGUUGUUACCCAAUAAAUCUUUUUUCAUGGCAAAGGGCAUUGCUUUUCAUGAAUAUACAUCAUUUUUGGGACAAAUUUCUAAGCUUGAAGAGGCUCGUGUAUCACAUGCAACUACUCUGAAACGAAGGGCUCGAGGUUGUCAUCACUACUUGAGUACAGGUCGUUUUUCUGUAUCUCAGGAAAACAUUCAUUUGUUGGCUCAACAUAGCAAUUAUGGGAAGGUGUCAGGGGGUAAUCAUCAAAAUGCUUGGCAAUCUUUGUGAAGCUCUUUAUCUUCAAUUAGUUUCUCCUAUUGAUGCAGUACUUCUCAUCCUUUCAAUCAGACAGUUUCGCAUAACAUUUCUAACUUGAAACACUCUUGGCUUCCUCAACUUGUAUUUUAAUGUCACAUGCUAUACGGAUCAAGACAUACAGUCAAACAAAUGAUGGUUCACAUUCCCAUGCUCUAAGUUGCUAAUCACUGGAGUACUGGAAAUUCAUUUAGUCAAUUAACUGGCUAUCUUGCCAAUGCUGUUCUCAUUCAUGUACAUUAGCAUUAACUUUCAAUUUAAAAUUUCCAGAAUUUUUCUUAAUAAUAUUUGAAAUUAAGGGCACA